AUGACUCUUCCCAGGACGCCGAGCGACCCUUCGAUGGUUGCUUCCGCGCACGAGCAGCCGCAGCCGCAGCCGCAGCUGCAGCCGCAGUCGCAGCCGCAGUCGCAGCCGCCGCAGCAGCCGCAGCAGCAGAAGCCAGCGCCAGGCUCACCCGGCAAUGCCGCCAUGGAGGCACUACGUCGCUGGCGUCCCGCGGUCAAGGGGGCCACGCCCACAGUGGCCCCGGACGACCCGGCCGCCGGGGGCCGCCACGAGCGUGCCAUGAUGGUCGCCCUGCUGGUCAACAUGUCGGCGGGCAUGGCGCUGGGCUACGCCUCCGUGUCCAUGCCCCGUAUCGAGCUCGAGAUCUGGUACAGCCUGCAGCGCAAUGUGCCCCACAAGGAGUGGGUCGCCAACGUCUUGCUUCUCGGGGCUGCCGCUGGAGCGCUGCUCUCCGGGCUUCUGCUCCACCUACUGGGGCCCAGAAGAACGCUGCUGCUGUCCGCCUUCGGCCUAAUCAACGCCUGGAUAUGCGUCGUCGUGUCCAACAGCUUUACCAUGCUGAUGAUCGGCCGCGUAACGUGCGGCAUCUGGCUCGGCGUCUCCACCAACUCCGUGAGCCUCUACGUCUGCGACGUGGCUCCCCCGGCAAAGAGGACCUUCUAUGGCGCGCUCACCGAGGUGGCCGUGAGCUUGGGCAUGCUAGCGGCCUACGUGCUGGGUGGUCUCGCGUGGCAGAUGUCGGCGAUCGUGUUCACGCUGGCGCCGGUGCCAGUUUUCCUGCUGCACAACUACGUCAUCGAGAGCCCGCGCUGGUUUGUGACCAAAGGCCGCUACCGUGACUCAAACACGGCCAUGGUGCGGCUUUACGGUGACGACGUGCCCACAGACUUCAGGUUCAGCAGGACAGGAGAGGAUUCAAACAUCUCUACAGUUGGCCGACAAAAGGUGGCCAGGAUGCUGUCGGUGUGCCUUCUGCUGAACCUGCUGCAGAGCCUGUCGUGCGCGCAGCUCGUGCUGCUGCACGCCGUGCAGGUGGUGGGCCCCCUGGUGGACGUGAUGGCACCGCAGGAGGCAGCCUGCCUGGUGCUCGCCACGCACGUCAGCUGCGCGACCCUGUUCGCCGCCCUGACCCGCUUCAUAGGCCGCCGCCAGCUGCUCAUCGUCUCGGCAGUACUUGUCGCCGGCGUCCUGUCCACCAUGCGUCCGUUCGAUUACGUCGUCUUCAGCCGGUGGUCGCCCAGCCCGGCCACCGCAACCAGGUGGGACGCCUUGUGCUCCGUCUGCCUGCUGGUGCUGACCUACUCGAUAGGCCUGUGUCACGUGCCUCCACUGGUGAUCAGCGAGCUGCUGCCCUUGAAGGGGUGGCGCUACCUGAGCGCCUCGUUCGUCUGGGUCUGGCGCUGGCUGGUCGCCUUCGUGAUGGUCCACUUCGACCAGGAGCUGCUCGGGGCCGGCGAUUUCAAGAGCCUGUCGCUGGCGUUCGGCCUGGCGUUGUUGCUGGUUGCCGCAGCCGCUGUUCCCUUCGUGCCGGAGACCGAAGGCCGCACGCUGGCCGAUAUCCACCGCGACGAGUGACGAUUUCGAGCACGUGCGGCGCAUAUUCAUCGCCUGUCGAAAGAUUUGUCGUGCUUCGUGGUUGCUAGCCGAACUUCAUGAGCAGCGCCUUGCGGAUAGAAAACCGUUUCAGAGUUUUUUUUAUCUUUCGCGUAAUUUGCGUUUAUUUACUAUGCUGUGCAUUGAAACCAUGUGCUUUUUUUAUC